CUCAUAUGGACUGUGCUCGUCUUCCUCCUCCCUUCAUCGUCCUCGACGACAGCCAUUCCUUUCUUCCCUGUUCCGCACUUCCCUCGCACGGUCGCUGGCAGACCCGGCGAGCAGUCUCUCUUUGUGAUAUCUGCCGGUCGUUGGAGCUACCCAAGUCUCAACCACCCCAAGGGCUCACUCUUUUGCCCUCGCUGUCCGACCUAGAACCUUCCCCGCCUCGUUCACCGCCCCUGGCAUAUCGAGAGUGCCUUGCCUAGAGUCUUCAGAACCAACCAGGAUGACCGAAGUCGAAGCCAUGCACCCAGUCCCUUCCGAGGCGAUCCCCGAGGGUGGGAGCGAUAUCGAACCCGAGAAUGUGCCUCUCCCUCGCAGUUCCAUGGUCUCAGUGCGACUGUCAGAUAUUCCAUUUGAUCCCGACCUCGACAUCAUUGGUGAGCGAGACAUCUCGCAGGAGGCUUCGCAGCCUCGCAGUGGCCCGCCCUCGGCCCGGACCAGUCGAUCCUCUUCCCAUACUUCCGAGAGCUCAAUUUCGUUAAAUUCUGUCAACUGGGAGGGUCUGGAAAAGACAGAGGAACAGGUGCACAAGGACGAGGCCACAGAUGAAUCUACAACGUUGUUACUGGCGCGUUUGGAGAAAGAGAAUGCAGCGUUGGCCACCAAUCCCAAGGCUGGCAUCACAACGACUUCGCGACCACGCAAAAACACCCGCCCUCCUUCCGUACAACAACUAAAAAGAAUGGUCGAUGGACCCCAACGCCAAUCUUUGAGAUAUUCGCUAUUACCUGCUCCUCCGAUGACGGAAUUGGAAUUCUGGGCAGCAUUGGUUCAAGAUUACACUCAAACUGCCCAGCGACUGCCCACCCUAACAUCGAACAAGAUUCGAGGAGGUGUCCCGCCACCUCUGCGUGGUGUCGUCUGGCCCAGUAUCGCUCAGGCUCACGACGGCUUUUUACAUUCUGAAUACCAGAGACUCUCCAAUGAGCCUUCGCCGUAUGACGGCUUGAUCGGAAAGGACGUGGGCAGGAGCUUCCCGAACGUUGACAUGUUUCGAGAGAAGGACGGCGAUGGCCAAAGAAUGCUCGGCAAAGUCUUGAAAGCCUUUUCACUUUAUGACAGCAAAAUCGGGUAUUGCCAGGGCCUUGGAUUCGUUGUCGGACCACUCCUGAUGCACAUGAGCGAACCCGAAGCAUUUUGCAUCCUUGUCAGGCUUAUGGAAAAUUACGAUCUUCGGUCAUGUUAUCUCCCAGACUUGUCGGGCUUACAUCUUCGAAUAUACCAGUUCCAACAGCUCCUAAUUCGACAUUUACCGGCACUGGCGGCUCAUCUUGAAGAGUUGAAGGUCGAACCAUUAUACGUGUCACAAUGGUUUUUGUCUUUUUUUGCCGUCACCUGUCCACUUCCUAUGUUGCUCAGAAUUUACGAUGUAAUAUUGUCUGAGGGGGCGACAGAAACGCUGAUGAGGGUUGCCUUGUCUCUGAUGCAACGGAAUCAGAAAAAGCUGCUCGCCUGUACCGAAUUUGAGGACGCCAUGCAGUUUCUGCUGUCGAGAAGUCUCUGGGACACUUAUGCUCAACAUGCGGACGAUCUGGUGUCGGACUUUGUGUCAUUGACUGGGUUGGUGUGCCGAGAGUCUCUGCUUUCGCUGGAAGCAAACUUCAGGCACUCGCAGAAUUUAACAGAGGCGCCCUCGUUGAAGAGCGCUGUGUCUUCCUUCUUGGGCCGAUUCUGGGCAGGCUCGUCACAUGCGCCUUCCCGAUCUCAGAACCUGAGUCUUAUGAUUCCAGGAAAUAACAAGUCGGUGCGAAAAUCGUCCUCCGGGCAAAGUUUGACCUCGACACUCAACUCGCUCGAGACAAGUAACACAGACACCAGUACUGUUGCCACGGAGAUGUCGGAUGAAACACCCCCAAAAGCGACUGUAUCCGCUGCCACCAGCGUCCACUCAGCGGUUGUACCUACCCCUGACUCGAGCAAUCGGAAUCUCCAUCAUCAGAUCGAAGAUCUCCUCACAGAACUCUCCAAAGUCCAACGGCAACAUGUCGAGCUUGCUCAAGAGCUUCAGCGGGAGCGAGAAGAACGUGAGGAGGACCGGCAGAUUGCACGAAAAGUGCUGGAGCAAUUACGACGGCAAACCACCGAUAUCAGAGAGCUGGCAGAACCGGAGAGCUCAGAGGCCACGGAGGAGGACAUGGAGCUUGACAUGCUCAUGGCUCAAGCUGAAUGCCAACUGUGUCGAGACGGCUCGAAGCGGCUGUCCGUGUCGCAGUCCAAGCACCAGCUCCGCGAUGCGGUUUCUGAAUGGAAGGAGAGGCAUGAUGCCGAGGUGAUAAAGUGUCGAGAUCUCAUGAGACAGCUUGACGAGCGAGAAGCGGAACAGAACACUCUCAAAGAGCAGCUGCGAGAUGCUCGAGCUCGGGUUCAGGAUGCACAUCGUGACAAGCAGCGUUUGGAGAGGACAGUGAGCGAGUUGCGCUCUCGCAACAACUCGGUGCCAGAUUCACCUGCCGACCUCUACACCCCCGUCAGCGAAUUCCCUGACCUGAAGUUACCUGCUCCAAAAUCCGGCCUGCGAGAGUUAAGAUUGGGCAGACCGGAGGCGACCCGAUCAAGCAGCGUCGGGCCGUAUUCGAAGCGUUCAAGCAGCCUCAACACUCAAGCCGUCCUUGCCACGGAAAACCACGAGCCCAUUUCCAACGAUGCCCUGCUGCUGGAGCUAGUGAAUGCCAAGACAGCUGAGGCGGUGGCACGACAGGAGCUGGAGGAGACCAGAGGGAAGCUAGACGCUUUGCGAAAGAUCUUGGGUGGAGCGACAUCCUCACCUACAGCACGAGCCAGCACGACCGAGUCACCCACGACACCUGCGGUGGCUCCAAGUCAGGGAACAAAGGAUCCCCCCAAAUCCACACAUGCGCCCACUGCAAGCACUGGAGGAUUCUUCAGUGGAUGGGGAAAGCGAGGGACGUAACGACGAGCACGACGCUGCUCCAUUCUUCUACAUACUCAUUUAAUUGAUGAUCUAGACAGCCAUUUUGAAUCUUUAUCGAUGACCCUCUGGACA